AUGGAUAGAAAGUCUGCUAGAAUAAAAGCAGAGUUAGAAAGAUAUGGUUGGAGAGUUUCGAAGAAGUUUAAAUAUAGGAAGGGAAGACCCAUAAAAGUCUAUGACAAACUGGCUGGUCUGACCUAUGAGAUGGACUUGGAAACCGCGCGCGCCAAUUAUCCAAACAGACUAGAGAGGUUAGAAGAAGAACGUCUUAUGGACAUGCCUUUCGAUGUUUCUGAACCGCAAGUUGAAGGACACGACGGCUUUGCCAGAUUCUAUUGGAAACAUGACGAACAAUUGUAUCCUUUGAGAAGGAAAAAAGGAAAAGGUGAAGACGCACAUGCUCCCAUGGAAAGAACAAGAUAUGCAUAUGAAAAGUACCGUGAAGUUAGAAGUCAAAUUACAUCUGGUCGAACCUUUACAGUAAACUUUGACGAAGGAAAGAACAAAGAAGGCUUCAUGGGUGUACUUGCUGCCAUACAAGACGGAAAUAAGAAAGGAUACAAUCUCAGACUAACCAUAACAGAUUUGGACGGUCACAUUUACUAUGCACAUGGCAAUGUCACAACAGCCGCACAACUUCUUGACGCUUUCAAGACUACAAAGAGAGAACAAAUGUUUGACUCCGACUCAGACAUUUUGAAUGCAAUUGAAGGAAUUGCAAGUGUCAAGUUCGAAUGGCAUGAACCUAACCCUCAAGCAGUCAGACAACAUGCUGGAUACUUCCCGUUCAUAAAUAAGUCUGACAUUGACUUGACAAGGUAUGGAAUUUACAAUUCAAUUGAAACAAUUGUCAAUGAACCUUGUAUUCUUACAUGUCUCAGGAACUCUGGUCUUGUUACAGAUGAGAAGAUGAAGUAUCUUGAGUCAUGUGUGAAGACAAGGUACAUUCUCAGAGGUCAAUUGGCAAAAAUUGCACCGUUGGCAAAUGUCAAUAUCCGAGUCAACAUACCUACAGCUAAAGGUUCUUCACAUGACGACUAUGUUGUUGAGUUCAAUUUACCAUGGUUGAAGAUUGUAAUUGUCCACAACCACUUCAUGUUGAACGAAAGUCUUACAAACCCAUUCUUUG